AUGGCCACCCUCGGCGGAAUUCGCGACUCCCUUGCCGGCUCCGAGAACAACCACGAGACCGAAUCCCUCGCUCGCUUCUCCAUCGACGAGCAUAACAAGAAGGAGAAUGCUUUGCUGGAGUUUGUUCGAGUGGUGAAGGCUAAGGAAGAAGUGGUUGUCGGCACUCUGCACCAUCUGAUUGUGGAGGCCAUCGACGGCGGCAAGAAGAAGCUUUAUGAAGCCAAGGUCUGGGUCAAGCCUUGGUUGGGCUUUAAAGAAGUUCAGGAAUUCAAGCACGUUGAGGAUCCCGAAGCUCCAUCUGAAACACCGUAGUUUACUGCUUCCGAUUUGGGCGUUAAGC